AUGUGUGAACGCUCUCAGCUUCAAGAGAUUGCUGAAGCUCCCACACACAAAGGGGCAUCUUCGGAAACGGGGCCAAAGAGGAAAUUUUGGGACCCGACGUAUGCUGGGGAGGAGAAGUUUCGGGUGGUCUUGAUAGCAGGGUUCGAGACUUUCAACAGGCAGCUGUACCGCAUGGCCGCGGAGAAGGCGGUGGCGCGAUGCCCUGGACUUGAGAUCUGGGUUUUCACAGACCAGGACCUUCAGUCACAGCAGCCGCUCGUUGAACAAGCGGUCGAUGAAGCGAAUGUUGUGUUUGCGAGCCUGAUCUUCGACUUCGAGCAAGUGAACUGGUUGAGAGAAAGGAUCCUCCGCGUGCCCGUGAGGUUCGUCUUCGAGAGCUCGCUCGAGCUCAUGUCAUCGACGAAAGUCGGCUCGUUCAGCAUGGCCUCCCAGCCGGGCAAGAAACAGGGGAUGCCUCCUGCGGUGAAGUCGCUGCUGUCAAAGUUCAGCAGCACCAGGGAGGAGGACAGGCUGGACGGCUACACCAAGUUCUUGAAGUCCGGGCCGGCUCUGCUCAAGUUCAUUCCCGGAGAGAAGGCCAAAGAUCUGAGGAGGUGGCUGCAGACUUAUUCGUACUGGAACGCUGGAGGGGUUGACAAUGUUGCCAACAUGUUUUGCUCCCUCGCAUCUGAGUUUGGAGGGCUUCAGCCGGGCAGCCCGGCUGCCGAGGUCAUUGAAGCUCCGCAGAGGGGGCUGGUGCAUCCUGCAAGACCGGGGUAUUACUUCAAGACGCCCAGGGAGUAUCUUGACUGGUACCGGGCUAAGUUCCCUGGCAGGGAGUCCUGGCCAGUAGCAGGAAUCCUGCUGUAUCGGAAGCAUGUUAUUUCGGCUCUUCCCUACAUCGAUGAGCUUGUUACUCACAUGGAGACUAAGGAAAUCCUCCCCCUCCCCUUGUUCAUCACCGGGGUGGACGGGCACAUAGCAGUUCGGGACUUCUUGACCUCCCCGCACGAGCAAGAGCAGCUCCGGGCCGGCACGAUCCCGGUGAACCCAACCCUGUCCCCCGAUGCGGUUAAUGUCGAUGCUGUUAUUUCCACCAUCGGCUUCCCGCUCGUCGGCGGGCCGGCAGGGUCGAUGGAGGGGGCGAGGCAGGCGGAGAUAGCAAAGGAAAUCCUUCAAGCCAAGAACGUCCCCUACUUCGUCGCGGCGCCCCUGCUGAUACAGGACGUCAAGUCGUGGUUCGGCCAGGGCAUCGGAGGGCUGCAGUCAGUAGUGCUGUACAGCCUGCCGGAGCUCGAUGGGGCGAUAGACACGAUCCCGCUAGGCGGGCUGUGCUGUGGGGACAAGGACGGUGAGAUCCGUCUGGUGGAGGAGAGACUGGACAGGCUGUCGACGAGGAUCAAGAGAUGGGUAAGUUUGCGGUCGACCCCCAAGUCAGAGCGACGCGUAGCAGUAGUGCUCUAUGGUUACCCUCCAGGGAUCGGGGCUACUGGGACGGCGGCCCUGCUCAACGUGCCGACCUCCCUGCACAAGCUGCUGUCCAAGAUGAAGGAGGAGGGCUACGAUGUCGGCGAGCUCCCCGAGGAUCCAGAGGAACUUCUGCAGAUGGUGAAGGUGGCGGACGACGAGUCGGACUCCGGACGAGGAUACGCCAACGCCCAGUACGCCCAGCGAGGAGGAGCGACCGUCUCCACUGACCAGCUGGAGACCUGGUUGGGGUCCUCCGAUACUCAGCGAGUCUCGAAGAACUGGGGAGGGUCGCUGGACCGGUCAGGGAUCAGGACGGUAGGAAGCGGAGAGAGGGCGCAGAUGCUGCUGGGGGGGGUCCUCUUCGGCAAGGUGUGGGUAGCCGUCCAGCCUCCUCUCGGCCUGCCCGGGGACCCGAUGCGCCUGCUCUUCGAGCGGGAUAUGACCCCCCAUCCCCAGUACUCCGCAUUCUACAAGUUCCUGGAGAGGAAGGAGGAGGACAACGGGUUCGGGGCCAACGUUGUGGUUCACUUCGGAAUGCACGGGACAGAGGAGUGGCUGCCCGGCACGUCGCUGGGGAACACGGGCGAGUGCUGGCCGGACAUUCUGACAGGCUCCCUUCCCAACGUGUACGUGUACGCUGCCAACAAUCCCUCCGAGUCGCUGCUGGCUAAGAGGAGGGGGUACGGCACCCUCAUCUCGCACAACGUGCCCCCCUACAGCCGCGCUGGGCUCUACAAGGAGCUGCAGACCCUCCGGGGGCUCAUCGCUGACUACUUCGAGGGCCUCUCAAGGGAGAGCCGGGGGGCAGCGAUGAAGGUGCUGGAGGAGGCAGGAGGGAUCGACGGGGGGGAGGAGGCGGUGGAGCGGUGCGCUGCGUACAUGGUGAGGGAGAACAUGAUGAUGGAGUACUGCGAGAGGCUGAAGGCGUACCUUGCUGAGCUCGAGCAGAGGCUCUUCUCGUCAGGUCUGCAUGUGCUGGGCGACCCUCCCGUGGAGCAGGCGAUGGAAGCGUACUUGCGAGCGUACUUCGAGGACGGAUCGUGGGAGGUCACGUCCAAGGAGAGGACAUGGGAUCGCUUCCAGGAGGCCGUGCGUCAGGGCUGCUCCAUCAGAGACCUCCUCCUUCGCAACACGGAGGAGCUCGAAGGUGUGCUCAAGGCUCUCAACGGAGAGUUCGUUCCCCCUGCUCCAGGAGGUGACCUGCUCCGCGACGGCUCGGGCGUCCUGCCCACAGGUCGGAACAUCCAUGCGCUCGAUCCCUACCGCAUCCCCUCGAAGGUUGCCAUGGCAAGGGGGAAGGCGGCGGCGGAGCUUUCAAUCUCCUUGCACAGGAAGGACAACAACGAUGAGUUCCCUGAGACCAUUGCGGUGAACCUGUGGGGUCUAGAGGCGAUCAAGACUAGGGGAGAGUCAGUCGGGAUCGUGCUGGGGCUGGUGGGGGCUGAGCCCGUCGUCGAGGCCACAGGACGAGUCGUGCGGUUCGACCUGAUACCCCUGGAGAAGCUCGGGAGGCCUCGGGUGGAUGUGCUGACGUCACUGUCGGGGAUCUUCAGGGACUCUUUCUCGAAUGUUGUUGAGCUCCUCGACGACCUCUUCGAGCGAGCGGCGAAAGCUGACGAACCCGCCGACAUGAACUUCAUCCGCAAGCACGCGCUCGAGCUCCAGGCAGCUGGGGAGACGGUGGAGGCGAGCACAGCAAGAAUCUUCUCGAACCCACCCGGAGAGUUCGGGUCCCUAGUCAACGAGCGAGUGACGGACGGGAACUGGGAGGACGAGGCUGACCUGGGCGAGACCUGGGCCAAGAGGAACGCGUUCUCGUUUGGGAGGAGUGGGAGAGGAGUCGAGCGCCGCUCAACCUUGAACAAGUUGAUGUCAACCACGGGCCAGGUCGUUCAGUGCGUCGACUCGGUCGAGUAUGGCUUGACCGACAUCCAAGAGUACUACGCCAAUACAGGAGCGAUGGUCCGAGCCAUGGACGACCUGCAAGGAGGAAAGGGGAAGGUGCAGGCAUCGGUAGUCGAGAGCUACUCCAAGGUCCCCCGUCCGAAGAGGAUCAACGAGGUUCUCAGGCUCGAGUACCGCUCAAAACUUCUCAACCCCAAGUGGGCGAACUCUAUGGUCGAUCAGGGUUCUGGAGGAGCGUUCGAGGUAUCGCAGAGGAUGACUGCCAUGAUUGGCUGGGGAGCGACUACCAAGUUCAAGGAGCCGUGGGUCUUCGACCAGUCCGCUGCCACCUACGCCCUCGACCCUGUCAUGGCGCAGAAGCUGCGGGACAGCAACCCUGAGGCCUUCAAGAACAUCGUCGGUCGCUUGCUUGAAGCCAACAACAGGGGUAUGUGGGAGGCGAAGCCCGACGUGCUGCAGCAGCUGCAGGAGAUCUACGAGGACAUCGACGACGCCAUCGAGCUCGGCACGGCUGCCCAGCGCCUGUCCGACAUCACCAUGCAGCAGAAGGAGAAGAGAUGA